AAUUUUUAAAUAUUACGAUUAUACUAAAUUUAAUGUGAAAACGAAGGAAAAAUAUGCAAUUUAACUUAUCGGAAUCGUAUCAUUAGACACUGUUUUUUUGGGAUGCGUUGUUGCCACAAGUCAAUUGUCAACGUUGUCAUGCCAUGUGUCAAGUCAUUCAUUAGUCAUUUCUAUCGUAUUUUUGCUUGAGGUUAAUCAACAAUUUUAUAAACAAAUAUUUAGUUUAAUCACUUUUGCAUAAAUUAUUAAAGUAUUCUAGUGCAGCACUUAGUUAGUUUAACUCUUAGCACCGUACUUAUUCCCUAAAUUAUUACAAAAGAUUUGUGUUCCUAGUAUUUAAGAAUAAUUAUCGAAAAUGUCUUCCCGCAAAACUGUAAGCCGCCGUGGAACCACCAAAAAACGCGCCCAAAGGGCCACCUCCAAUGUAUUCGCCAUGUUCGAUCAGGCCCAGAUAGCCGAAUUCAAAGAAGCCUUCAACAUGAUCGACCAAAACCACGAUGGCUUCGUCGACAAAGAAGAUUUACACGACAUGCUGGCUUCCUUAGGUAAAAACCCCACUGAUGAUUACUUAGAUGGGAUGAUGAACGAGGCACCAGGUCCGAUCAAUUUCACCAUGUUCUUGACUCUGUUUGGUGAACGUCUGCAGGGAACGGACCCCGAGGAUGUGAUUAAGAACGCGUUUGGAUGUUUCGAUGAAGAGAACAUGGGGGUGAUUAACGAGGAACGUUUGAGGGAGCUGCUGACGUCUAUGGGAGAUAGAUUUACAGAUGAUGAAGUGGAUGAAAUGUACAGGGAAGCUCCGAUCAAGAACGGUCUGUUCGACUAUGUCGAAUUCACCCGUAUUUUGAAGCACGGCGCUAAAGAUAAGGAUGAACAGUAGAAAAACAAAAACAGUUGUCUUUCCAUUUUUUGUAAUUUUGCAUUUAUUUUAUUUCAUGAGGGAUUUAUGGUAGUUGUUAUUCAAAAAUCUAUUUAAAAUAAGCUAACACUUUUCGAAAAUCUAAUUCCCGGGAUCUUUUUCCUUGCAUUAUGAAUUUGUAUAGAUUGCUUAUUACUGAUUUGUAUUUAGUUUUAAAAUGUAAUAUUCAUUAGGUAUUGAAAUGUACAUUGUUUAACAUUAAAUUUUUUAUAUCGACAUUGCAAUAAAAUUCUGUACUUAAGAUUUUAUUGUAUACAAAAUUUAAUUUAUAAUAGCAUAAUACUACAGUAACAUUAAACCAUAAUUAUUUCAUUAUUUGUUCCAAAUGCGUUAGAAAUAGCAUAACGAGUCUAAUUUAGUUAAUUACAAAA